UCAUUUUGAUUUCCGAUUCAUCCGGAAAAAAUACUUUCUGUUUAAUUUUUUUGGUUGCUCCUUUGUUAGGUUUUCUGUUAGUCCUGAUAGCGUCUCGUAUUUAUUUACAUAUUUACAUCAUGAAAUAUACUUGACAUACAAGAUUUUACCAGAACAUUGAAUUUUACCAUACUGUCCUGUUAUUAUGUGGACUAAGACUUUUUGACUAGGAUUCUUUGAAUAUAUAAUAAGCAGUUCUUUGAACGAAAAUCAAAUAAAUGAAUAUUUUUCCUAAGAAACUGCUUCAAUUUGAAAAGCACUGUUAAAUUCAACAUAAUUACGAACAAGCUUUCUUACAUCGAUGGAAUUACCAGAACUGUUCAUGAAGUUACUUCCUCACUGACAUUGUAUUGAACAUUCAAUACUACUUCGAGAAAACUCUCAAAAUAACUCCUUUGAUUAUUAAAUUUGUUACCAAGGCAAUUAACAAUUUGGAAUAUUCAUAAAUUCGGUCACAUAAAUGACAAAGUUAGUCAAAAAGUAAUCUCGUAUUUUAUUUCUAUCGUGAAGUUGAAGCAAAAUUAUUAGUAAAAAAGAGAAAGAUGAAUAAGCUAUGUGACUUAAUUCAUGGAUGAUUCCUUGGGUACCGUUCAUUUAUUCUAGUGAAUAAUUUUUAAUUUAGUAUAUAGGAUUAUAGGGUGUAUUGAGUAAUGAAAGAAAAUUAGUUUGUGCUUUGAGUGCAAUGGACUAGUCUGAUUGAUGAAAAUUGAGGACUAUAUAUUUUCAUCAUAAAAUAUUAUAAUUAAUAGGAACUGAGUGAAUUUAUGAAGUGAAAGAACUGUAGUUGUGUGUCUAGAGUAAUUCUGCAAGGUUCAAAACUGAUGGACAAUUUAUUAUAGAGAUAUCUACAAUUUGUUGAUUAACAAAUAAUGAAACCGUUUCAUGGAAAUUAUCUCACUAUUAAGUUGUGCUGUAAAUAAAAUAUAAAACGAAGAAAACGGUAAUUUUCUUAUUCCUAAUUCUCCAUUUUUAUCCAUUAAAAUUCGUUCAUAAAUCUGUUAAUCAUGAUCAUAGAUAAUUUAACGGUAGAUCAUUUAAAAAUGAUUGACCAUAGAGUCGAAAGUGAUAUUGUGAGUGUUCUCCACGUGUAAACUUGUUGAUAGUCGAAUAGUUAAAAAGUGCAUGUGCUAAGUGAAUAUUAGUGUUUUUGUUGUCAUCAUUCUCAUCCGUCAAUUUGUUUUACCAAUAUGCAAUGUACUUUUUGGACGAAGUCGGCGUUGAGGAAGAAAAAGUUGGAAUCAAAGAAGAAUCGGAAGAUUCAGAUACAACCGAAACAAUCUACAUUGUCAAUUCCGAAUACAAUUCGGACCUCGUAAUCAAAACCGAAGCAGACGAUUCGGAUUUUUUCAGUCAAAAAGGAAUUCGAAGGAAAUUGACCGAAAACGAUGAGUCUGAAAAAACUGGACUGUGUCACGUGUGCGGAAAAACUGUUUCUAGAAUGACUCCCCAUAUGAGAAGGCAUAAUAUGUCCUACAAAUGCAAGCAGUGUCCUAUGGGCUUCAGCAACAUGAAAGAGUUGAACAAGCACAUGAGGAACCAUGAACAUACCAUAUAUUGUUGCAUUAGCUGUUCUUCAUACUACAGCAACCCUUUGGACCUGUGCCGACACCAAGUUAAACACUUCAGCGAAUAUAGAUGCAUCUUCUGUGACUUCUCAACCGAACAUCUGUCUGUCAUUACGUUGCAUCUGAACAGACACGAAAAGCCCGUGGUCUACGAGUGCGACCAGUGCGGACGUGGUUUCAGCACAGAAUACUUGAUGAAAACGCAUCAGCAAAUCCAUACGGGCAUCAAAAGGUACCAGUGCGAUUUUUGUCCGAAGAAAUUUGCAACCGAGAACUACAAGAACUGUCACAUGAAGUACAAUCAUAGUGAGGAAUUGACGGGGGUAAAAAACAUUUAUAAAUGCCGGGUUUGCUAUCGGGAGUUUAGUUUCGAGAAAAGCUUAACCCGCCAUCUUAGUGUAAUCCAUAAUAUAGGUAUAAGCAGGAAAGUCGAAUGUCCCAUAUGUUCGAAAGUGAUUGCGAACUCUUUCAAUUUGAAAAUGCACAUGUCAAUACAUACGGGGGAGAAGCAACAUGUUUGUGAACUAUGCGGUAAAGCGUUCAGAGAUAGGGGUCAUUUGAAAAGACAUAAUAAAGUUCAUUUGAAGAGGGGCGAAGAGAUGUACCUGUGAAUUUUCUUACUAUUAAUGUUAUGUUAAAGGUUGAUUUUGUCGAAAUUUGUUUUUAUGUUACUGAGUUGACCAGAAUGAAUGUUACCAAUGAACAUUUGUAAAAUAAAGCUUUAUUUUUUCAGUA